AUGGCACCACGUCAUAAGAAGAUGGCCUCAGUCGCCAGCACAGCUCCCUCCUCCGCCAUGUCCUCGCGCAUGACUUCGCGCGCUUCUUCGCCAGCGCCCACAAAGAGACAGCCAUUCCGCUUCUUCGACCUACCGAGCGAACUGCGGCUUAGGAUAUACGAGUAUGCGCUAUGGACACCGAAGCCGGUAGAUCUGGUCUCCGACAACUUCCGCACGAUUCUGCCACGCCUCGCACUCUUCCUCGUUUCUCGCCGCAUGCACAGCGAAGCAUACCCUGUCUUCUACGCCCAACCGAUACGCUUGUUCCCGGAUGCACGCUCGCGCUUCUACAAGACCAAGAAGCCACUGUUGCAGCGACUUCCGACCAAGUACCGCGAGGCAAUUACCACACUUGAGCUACAGCUGGGCCCGGGCUGGUCACGGAUUCCACUGAAUCAGAACACGCGAUCGCAACUCGGCCUCAUGGAAUGCAAGAGCUUAAGAACAUUGAAGGUCUUCAUCGAGCUGGAUCCUACCAACGACAUGAUCUUCGAGGGGUUCCGCGGGGACAAUGCGACCUCAGACACUUACAAAUGGCACUGCGUUCAGCUCCUGGCCGGCAUCAUGGAGCAAGUGCCAAGUUUGGAGGUCGUUGAGUUCGAUGCAUACCCGUCUGUUGCAAAGAAUGGACCUCUCGUAUCAGCAUUGAUCAGGAAGGUCAAAGAAGGAGGAAAGAAGUUGGUCUACGGACCACUGCGACGGUGGGACAAAGAUGACAAUGAGCCAGGUCUUAUCGGGUUGGAAGCAGCUAUGGCGAGCAUGGUUAUUGGAAGUAACGCGCCGCAGUCUGUCGCUGUGACAGCUUAG